AGCCCUGUCCACAUUUUUACAUUAUUCAUUAUUCAUUAAGGUUAAGAUAAUAUUGUUCUCAACCAGUCAAGUUGGACCUUUUUAACUUCUUUUUUAACUGCAUGCAUGUUGAGUGAAGAAAUAAGGAAGCUGAAUUGACUCACACUCUCUGCCCCCACCCUUGAGUUUUGAACUGCCUGAGGAGGAAGUCAUUCAUCAGUGAAGCAGAAACACUCGAGAUGUCGUCCUCAAACUCCAGACUGCUAAACUUUCCAAGGAUUGCUCUUCAGGCAGUGCUGCUGGUUUUGUUUGGGAUUCUCUCAGAAAGUUCUAUUCAUAUUAGGUAUGAAGUUGAAGUUGGUGGAAAUGUGACCAUCCACUGUCCUGUUGAGGAGAACAGGGAGAUUGAUUUUCUCUAUCUACAAACGGAUAAAAAUGGCUUUGUCAACGGAUUUCACUCCAUUAGACCCAUCGAGAACACGUGGCCGAACACAGAAAUGGCUCUCAACAACAGAGCAGUGGUCUUCUACGAUGUGAAGAUCUCACAUAGCGGGAUCUAUUACUGUAUCUUCGACUACAAGAACAACCAACGUCGAACAAAAGAAGUUCCACUGUCCCUCAGUGUCAUAGCUCCUUACAGCAAGCCAUCGGUCACAUCUAUUUGUAGCCAAGACCAUCUCUAUUGCCAUGUAACCUGUGCAUCACAUGAUGGGUACCCAAGGAGAGAGAUGAAGUGGAAUGUUGGCCAAAAAAUGAAUGUCACAAGUCACAUGUGGAAAGUCUUGAACAACAGCAUUGAGAAGUCAAAUUCUUCUACUGGGUUGCUCAGCAUAACCGGCACCGCAUACUUCAACUGCUCCAACGGAGAGCUGGAGUACAACUGCUCUGUGGGUAAUGCCAAUUCGGACAACUUCCUUAUCUGUGGUACCGAGAAACCGCCUUUUGAUGUGGGUAUUGUAGUAGGUAGCUGUUCGGUACUGGGUGUGGUGUUGAUGGUGAUGCUGGUGGUACUGUGGACGAAAUAUAAGAAAAGACGCCUUUCAUUCCUUGAAGGAGUCACAACAGACAAUGGGGGAGGAACAAAAGAGGAGAUCGUGGAACUCAAGGGGAAGAAUGAAGUGAAUUCUUGAACCCUCAAGUGGUGACAAAGACUACAUUUUAUUCGGAACUUACCUCACUAAUGUCCUGGGAAACUUGGAUGAAAGCUGCGUGUCACUCAAGUGUUCAUUACAUUUGUGAUAGACGGGCUCCGCUCGGACUGACUCCAGGACGAGAGGGUGCAGUCUACAUUUCAGUGACACUUGACCUUUAAGUGAUUGAGGAAGUAUAGAUUUUCUUCUGGUGAAGCGUAGUGCGUCACUGAACUGAGAGCAACUGACUUCUCCAGAGAAAGAACUUUCCCAGUUGGUAGUUUUUGAGAAAGCUGUUACAUCCUGGAAAUUGGUACCUAACUGGAACUGCUCCCUGCAAUGUGAGCAAAAGAUCAAAAACUGCUCUAGCAGUUCCUCGAGUGGUCAGAUGCCACGGUACAACAGUAACCUCUAAACAGUUGUUAGUAUUUAAAUUGAUUAUCAUGUUUUUGCUGCUGCAGUAGAGUAUCACACUUUGAUAGCUCACCAAUGUUCCUGUUUUAAUUUAUUUCAUUUUUCUUAUGUUCACAUAAACUUUAAAAAAUAAAAUAAAACAAAAUAUGCAUUCUUGUAGAGUUCCUUAUCCAGUGAUGGAUGAUAAUGUGUCCAUGAAAGUCAGUGUUUUGCCAUUUCUUCUCAAAUCAGACUGCAGCAUUUAAUCAUAGAGCUUGAGUUACACCUAGUAACGACUAUGUUACUUAUGCUGUGCAGUCAUGAGCAGUUGUUUGCUGCUGCAUUUGCUAUCUUCACAGUCCCAAAUUGUGGGUGGCACAUGGAUGGUCCCAAUGGACCUUUGCAUACUUGUGCAAGUCUUACACCACUUGGACCCACACAGAGCCAAUCGGGUAUGUUGUAGCCAGUUGCUCAACAAACCCACACGUUACCCUGAGAUCAGUAUCAAAUACGACAGUGAGACAUCUGAUUCAUGAUAGCUCACCAAUGUUCCUUUUACAUUUACAUUUUGAAGAAGUAUAUACUUACUAUAUGUUUAUUUUUUUAUAUUUAUAAUAAACCUGAGGUAACGAUUUAGUUUGGCAUUUAAAAUUUUUUUCAUUAGUCUCAGUAAAGGCUUAGAGCAGAACUUUGAAAAGUACUAGAAGAAAUACUGGUUGUACCUUAAUAAUUGGAAAGAAAAACCGUAAUUUGGUGAAAAUCUUUAACGGGGCCUUUUUUGUGGCAUUUGCAUGUCUUUUUAGCUCUAGUUUGCCUGUUUUGUUAAUGUAUCAUUAACUGACAACAUACACCUGCCCAUUCCCUCUCAUCUCAUGGCGGAUUGGAAUAAGCUGCAGUUCCUGCUGGAUAUAGGAAAGAAAUGUAUGUUUAUCCUGUUUGGUAGAAAUUGAUUCUGUGAUUCCCUUUUCUUCAUUGGACAUGAUCAAAAAGGUGCUUUGAUUUCCUAAAUAUGUGUAAAACACUCCUCUUCGUUGGUAACUUUAUUUUGACUCUUUUAAUGUCAAUCUCUCUUUUUUUUUAACCAAUGUUGGAUAUUUAAAUUCUUAUAAUGUUCGGGGAAAGAAAUCACUUUUUAUAUAUCACUCAUACUUUCAGGGAAAAAAAUACAAAGAUAUCUUAUAAAGUAAUGUAUAAAAUGUUAACACCCACCUAAUACCAGUCUACAGAUACACUCUGCUCCUUUGUUAAAAAAAAAAAAAAAAAAAAACUGUACUAUGAGUGACUGUCACACAGAACACAGGACUGGCAUAUGUUCUCAUAUGAGUGUCACCAUUCACUUUUAAUUUAAAUGCAAUAUUUAAUUUUCAUUGACUGAGCUGGAACUCAGUUUGAACAAUUUUCUUUCCAUCUGCAAAUGCUUUUUGU